UUGACUACCCCUCUUUAUUUACCCGGCCAAAAAGGUCGAAAUGACGUAAUUACGUAAUGUAUAUAAGAGCCGGCAAACAGAAGCGCAUAUCAGAACUGAAAUAAUCCAGUAAGUGCUUCGAGCUUAUAUUCGAUACAGAAGACAAACACUUUAUACAAACUACAAAGCAAGCUAAACUAUAUCACAUAAUGCAGGAGGAAAAGUGGAACAGCCAGGAUAAUAUCGACUCGGACGAACAGGAAUUCAACUCUGACGAACUCGAUGAGGUCUUGGAAAUAAGAAUGAACAAAACAAGAGCGAGAUUGUCCCAGAACCUCGAGAACGGGGAUGAUCAGAAUGAACCCAAAGGCAUUGUUGUUUUAACGCAACGUCUUCACAGAGAGGCUACGACUCGUACGAAACGAGCACAGAGAAUGCAAGAGGCUUACCGUCGUUCCAAUGGGAUGGCCAGCUACACACCGGAGAAGACGGGAUACGCCAGGGUAGUCAGGGAUAACGGUUCAUCACAUUGGACUAUCAGAAGAAAAUAAAACAUGUGAACUGAUGAUCUCAAGAUAUUACAUGGAUGGUGCAUUCACUAUCACUGAUCUGAAAACAAGGACUUAAUUGGUGGUGACUUAGUGAAGUCAGUAGUUCAAAUCGAACCAUAAAAUAUAUAGAGAUGAUAACUAAAUGGUGGUUGUAUUUAUACAGAGAUAUAAAAUAUAUUUAUUGAAAGGAUUCAAUAGUUAUACAUAAAUAACAGAAAUUUGGACAUCUUUAUAUAGAAGCAGAGAAUAAGGUAAAACAGUUAUUCGUAAGGAGAGUCGCAAAAUGUAACAUAUUUGUAUCUAUAUAAAUAAAAGUA